GCCAUGGGAAAGCAGAACAGCAAACUGCGUCCAGAGAUGCUCCAAGACCUGCGGGAGAACACCCAGUUCUCCGACCUGGAGCUCCAGGAGUGGUACAAGGGCUUCCUGAAGGACUGCCCCACUGGCAUCCUCAACGUGGAGGAGUUCAAGAAAAUCUACGCCAACUUCUUCCCUUAUGGGGACGCCUCCAAGUUCGCCGAGCACGUCUUCCGCACCUUCGACACCAAUGGCGACGGCACCAUCGACUUCCGAGAGUUCAUCAUUGCGCUGAGCGUCACCUCCCGGGGGAAGCUGGAGCAGAAGCUGAUGUGGGCCUUCAGCAUGUACGACCUGGAUGGCAACGGCUACAUCAGCAGGGAAGAGAUGCUGGAGAUUGUCCAGGCUAUCUACAAAAUGGUCUCGUCAGUGAUGAAGAUGCCAGAUGAUGAAUCAACCCCUGAGAAACGGACGGAAAAAAUCUUCCGACAGAUGGAUACCAAUAAUGAUGGCAAACUGUCCCUGGAGGAGUUCAUCAAAGGCGCCAAGAGCGACCCCUCCAUCGUGAGGCUGCUGCAGUGCGAUCCCAGCAGUGCCUCCCAGUUCUGA